ACCAACAGACUGCAUAACUUUCAAAGUUCCCAAAGUCUUGCAGUACAGAAGACAACACAACACAACAUUGGCACCUUCCAAAACCAAAACACAUUGACAAUUCCAAAGUAAGCAUCAAAAUAUCCUAUGAAUUCCAUUUCCAUUUGCAUUUCCUUUUGCACACACUUCACUCCACAACACAAACACACCCCAAAAAACACAGUCCCAGGUCGAAAACUCCCAUGAUUUGAAUUCAUUUCCUUCCAAACCCUCUCUUCAUCUUUUUCUCACAGAUCCCCACCAAAACCAACCCAAAACCUCGUUUUUUGCACAACCCAAUUCCCAAUUCACCAAACCAAACAUGCCCUUCUCCUCUCGCCGAACACCCUGGGCCUCAUCGAUCCUCCCAUCCUCCAACCCCAAAUCCAAGGUACCCAGAAAGGGAAGACGACGCGCCUGGCUCACAGACUUCAUCUUUUCCAAUUUCUUCACUAUUGGCCUCGUUAUCUCACUUUCCUUGUUCCUCCUCAUCCUCCUCCGAUUCGGGGUCCCCAAACCCAUCGCCACGCACUUCCGCACGCGCUCUUCACGAGCCCGGAAGCCCUUUGGGCGGAAGCCCCUUCCCAACGUCUUGAACACCAGCGCGCUCGCCGGUGCCGGCGCUGUUGACAUCACCACCAAGGCGCUGUACAAUAAAAUUGAGUUUUUGGAUGUUGACGGCGGCGCGUGGAAGCAGGGGUGGAGCGUGACUUACCGGGGGAACGAGUGGGACGCGGAGAAGCUGAAGGUGUUCGUGGUGCCCCACUCGCAUAACGAUCCUGGGUGGAAGCUCACUGUGGAGGAGUACUACGAUAGGCAAUCAAGACACAUACUUGACACCAUUGUGCAAACACUGACCAAGGAUUCUCGCCGGAAGUUCAUAUGGGAGGAAAUGUCGUACUUAGAGAGAUGGUGGAGGGAUGCAUCUGAUGAGAUGAAGGAAUCCUUCAUCAAUUUGGUGAAAAAUGGACAGUUAGAAAUUGUUGGAGGCGGCUGGGUGAUGAAUGAUGAGGCCAAUUCCCAUUAUUUUGCUAUAAUUGAACAGGUAACAGAGGGGAAUAUGUGGUUGAACGACACCAUUGGUUUUGUUCCAAAAAAUUCUUGGGCUAUAGAUCCAUUUGGCUACUCGUCUACCAUGGCAUAUCUUCUCCGUCGCAUGGGUUUUGACAAUAUGCUUAUACAGAGAACUCAUUAUGAGGUGAAGAAGGAGCUUGCAUGGCAUAAAAAUUUAGAAUACAUAUGGCGUCAAAGCUGGGACACAGAUGAAACCACUGAUAUAUUUGUCCACAUGAUGCCCUUUUAUUCAUAUGAUAUACCUCAUACAUGUGGCCCAGAACCUGCUGUUUGUUGUCAGUUUGAUUUUGCACGCAUGCAGGGUUUUGUUUAUGAACAAUGUCCAUGGGGGCAAUAUCCUGUGGAGACCACUCAGGAAAAUGUUCAGGAAAGAGCUCUUAAAUUGCUGGAUCAAUACAGGAAAAAGUCAACUUUGUACCGAACCAAUACACUUCUUGUUCCUCUUGGAGAUGAUUUUCGGUAUAUUAAUAUCGAAGAAGCAGAAGCACAAUUCAGAAAUUACCAAAUGUUGUUUGAUUAUAUCAAUUCAAACCCCAGUUUGAACGCAGAGGCAAAGUUUGGUACUUUGGAGGACUACUUUGUAACGCUGCGUGAAGAAGCAGAGAGAAUAAAUUACUCAUUUCCUGGUGAAAUAGGAUCUGGACUGGUUGAAGGUUUUCCUUCUCUAUCAGGUGACUUUUUCACUUAUUCUGAUCGGCAACAAGACUAUUGGAGCGGUUAUUAUGUUUCACGACCCUUCUUCAAGGCUGUUGAUAGGGUACUAGAACAGACACUUCGUGCCACUGAAAUGAUGGUAGCUCUAAUACUUAGCUGCUGUCGGAGAUCACAUUGUGAAAAGUUUGCCAUGGGGUUUUCCUAUAAGUUGACAGCUGCUAGAAGGAACUUGGCUCUUUUUCAGCAUCAUGACGGUGUAACUGGUACUGCAAAAGAUCACGUGGUUAUGGACUAUGGAAUGCGCAUGCAUACUUCUUUACUGGACUUGCAGAUUUUUAUGUCCAAGGCAGUUGAGGCUCUUCUUGGAAUCCGCUACGAUAAAUUAGAUCACAGUCCUUCCCAGUUUGAGCCAGCAAUAAUCAGAUCUAAAUAUGAUGCUCAGCCAUUGCAUAAAGUGAUUGGUGUUCAUGAGAGUUCUUACCAAUCAGUGGUUUUUUUUAAUCCUUUGGAGCAAACUAGCGAAGAAGUUGUGAUGCUAGUUGUUGACAGUCCUGAUGUUACUGUUGUUGACUCUAACUGGAGUUGUGUUCAGAGCCAAAUUUUGCCAGAGCUGCAGCAUCAUAAUAGUAAGAUCUUUACUGGGAAACAUCGACUUUACUGGGAAGUUUCUGUUCCUGCUUUGGGAUUGGAAACUUAUUAUAUUUCCAAUGGUUUUGAUGAGUGUGAAAAGGCCAAGCCUGCAAAGUUGAAAAUCUUCUCUAAGUCUAACUCAAUUGCCUGUCCUAAACCCUAUUCUUGUGUGAAAAUAGAGGCUGAUGAGGUUGAAAUUGAGAAUCAGAAUCAUAAACUAACUUUUGAUGUAAAGUACGGUUUGUUACAGAAGAUAAUCUCAAAAAAUAAUUCCCCAAAUACUGUAAGAGAGGAAAUUGGUUUGUAUUCUAGUUCUGGUGGGGCAUACUUGUUCAAGCCCAAUGGUGAUGCCCAGCCAAUUAUUGAAGAAGGUGGGAAAUUGCUGGUCUCAGAAGGCCCUUUGAUGCAGGAAGUAUACUCUUAUCCUAGGACAACUUGGGAGAAAGCUCCCAUUUCUCAUAGCACCCGAAUAUACAGUGGAGAGAGUACAGUCCAAGGGUUUGUCAUUGAAAAGGAAUAUCAUGUUGAGCUCCUUGGCCAUGAAUUCAAUGAUAAGGAAUUGAUAGUUAGAUAUAAAACAGAUAUUGAUAACAAGAAGAUUUUUUAUUCAGAUCUAAAUGGAUUUCAAAUGAGCCGAAGAGAAACCUACGACAAGAUUCCUCUGCAAGGCAAUUACUACCCUCUGCCCUCUCUUGCAUUCAUACAGGGGUCAAAUGGUCAUCGGUUUUCCGUCCAUUCCCGGCAAUCAUUAGGUGUGGCAAGCCUUAAAAGCGGAUGGCUAGAGAUAAUGCUUGAUCGUCGGUUGGUAAGAGAUGAUGGUCGGGGUCUCGGACAAGGAGUGAUGGAUAACCGUGUGAUGAAUGUUGUCUUCCAUCUAACCAUGGAAAACAAUGUUUCUGCCACAUCAAAUUUGGCUUCCACCCCAUUCCCUUACAGCCCUUCUCUUUUAUCUCACUGUGUUGGUUCUCAUUUGAACUAUCCAUUACAUACAUUCAUUUCCAAGAAACCACAGGACAAGUCUGCGAAGCCACCACCUAGAUCAUUUUCUCCUCUUGCUGCUCCCUUGCCGUGUGACUUGCACAUAGUGAACUUUAAGGUUCCCAAGCCUUUAAAAUUUUUGCAGCUACCACUUGAAGGUCCUAGAUUCGCUCUAAUUUUGCACAGACGACAUUGGGAUUCUUCAUACUGUCGGAAGGGAAGAUCACAAUGCACUAAUCUGGGUAAUGUGACUGUGAAUCUGUUCAGCAUGUUCAAGGAUCUUACAGUCUCAAAAGCCAAAGCAACUUCCUUGAAUCUCUUGCAUGAAGACCCUGAAGUGAUGGGAUUCUCAGAGCAAUUUGGAGAUCUUGCACAAGAGGGGCAUGUGGCCAUAUCUCCAAUGGAAAUACAAGCUUACAAGUUGGAAUUGAGGCCACAAUAGAGUACUCAUUACUGAGUGGCUGCUUCUGGUUUAAGCUGAACCACAGGGAAUUCUUGGACUCAUUUAAGAUGAAUUUUUUGCUGAAUUUUUUAACUGCACUGCCCCAUUGAUGAUAGGGUUGGACUGCUUUCUCACUGGUGCAGGUAAGAGAAUGUCCAAGCAAAAAGGAGCUGCAUUGGUUGAGGAAGCUUGACAGUGGACUUUUGUUGAGUGCUGUUAUGAUAACAUGAAUGAGAUAUUGUAGCAUCUGCGGCUCCUUGUCUGUUUUGUGCUUUGCCGUAGCAUUUGUUUACCUUUUUCAUGGACCUGAAAGAUGAGUUUUGCUUUGUCCACGUAUGUUAUUGUAUAACAUGUCUCUAACAGACUAGGUACAUGUACAGAUUUAUACCUCUGUGCUAGGGAGAGUGUAAUCUUUUUUUGACUUGAGCUCAACAUUUUGCAAAA